AGAAAGUCAUGUCGUGUGGUCCCCCUCGUCAGUGUCUCCGUCAUCGCUCGCCGUGCGUCAGGAGGAAAUAAACAUAAUUAGGAUAGCGUCGACAGGGUCACCGGGGCGGGGCAGGAUGCGGGUUGUCCACUCGCCAUGCCCCGCCGUCCCCCUCCUGUUGUUGCCGCUGCUCCUCCUGCUGGGCCACGCCGCGCCAGGUUCGUGCCUGCGCGUGUCCGGCGUGCGCGUGCCGCCCGUGGUGGUGUCGGGCUCGGCGGUGGAGCUGACCUGCAACUACCACCACAGCCCCGACCGCCCCGACCCGCUCUACUCCAUCAAGUGGUACCGCGACGUGAACCAGUUUUACGAGUACAUCCCAAGGCGGGACCCGCCCAUCAGGGUGUACCCGCUGCCGAACAUACACGUGGACCGGUCCCGCAGCUCCCAGUCGACGGUGGCGCUGACGGGGGUGUCGCGCGAGACGUCCGGCAGCUUCCGGUGUGAGGUGAUGGGCGACAAACCUUACUUCGAGACGGACGACCACGCGAUGAACAUGACGGUGGUUGACGUGCCGGCGUGGGGCCCCGAGCUGUGGGGCGCCGCCCCCGGGGCCCGCGUGCGCCCUGGAGAGGUGGUGGCGCCGCGCUGCCUCAUGGGACCCUCGGACCCGCCGGCGGACGUGAGCUGGACCGUGAACGGCGAGGCGACGCCCAUCGAGGCGGCGGUGGUGCGGGCCUUGGAGCGAGGGCCCCAGGGACGGCUCGCCCAGGGCUCGGAGCUACGCAUGACGGUGACGGAGGCGUGGCUGGCGCGCGGUGCCAUGACCCUCACCUGCCACGCCCGCGUGUCCUCCGUCUACCACGCCACCGCCAACGUGACGCUCGUCCACUACGACUGGCCGCAGCCCGCCGAGUUCGGCUGGUUCUCCGCAGCACCCCCAGCCGCCGCCCCCCACACGUCAUCGCUCCUCCUGCUGCCCCUGCUGCUGCUGCUGUCGCUGUGUGGCUCUGCUGUGGCGCCGCUGUGACCUUGAUCUGCCGACGCUGUGACAGGUAACGCCCCGACAGGUGACGCGCUGACGGGGUGAUGAUGAUUAUGACGAUGAUAAUGACGAUGAUGAUGAUGAUGAUAAUGAUGGGGAUGAAGGCAACAGCUGUCCACGCACCUCGUAACUCGCAACGCAAACGUAAGAUGUAUACAUAACACACACACACACACACACACACACACACACACACACACACACACACACACACACACACACACACACACACACACACACACACACACACGCAAAUACUGGCAGGGUUUUAUCUUUUUCUUUCUUCGUUUCUUUUUCUUCUUUUCAUCAUGUUUCUUUUUUUGCUCCUUCACCUUUUUUUCUCUUCUUCCGUUUCUUUUCUUUUUUUUCUUUUUCUUUUUCUUCUACUUUUUCUUUUAUUCUUUAUCUUCUCCUCCUCCUCCUUCUUAUUCUUAUCCUUUUUCUGUUUUUUUUCGUUUUCGUCUCUGAGCGCAACAGUUGAAAGGCCAUCUGUGCGUUAUCUCUCUCUCUCUCUCUCGCAUUUCUUCAUUACUGUCAUUUUCUUUAAACUCUAUUCACUGCCAUCCAUCUUCGUUCAAUUUUAUCAAUUCAUCUUUCCUCUGAAGUUCUCUCUCUCUCUCUCUCUCUCUCAAACCCAUACACCAGGACAGGACCAGGACAGGCAAGAAAGAGGAAAAGAGAGAAGAAAAUGAAAGGGAAAAAGGAAGAAGUGAAAGAGAGAAAGAAAGAGAGAAAGAAGACAGGGAGAAGACAGAACAAAAAAACUUACAAACAAGACAAUUUUUACCUUAAGAACUAAAAAAAAAAGAAAAAAAAUGUGAAGUUCCGUUAGGGAUGAGAAUGAAGAAAGAAAGUGAAAGGAAAGGAAGGAAGGAAAAUAAGAGGGAAAGAGGAAAAGGAGAGUGAAAGGAAAACGAGAUGAAAAAUGAAAAAAAAUGAAAAAACGAGAUAAGUGAAGAAAAAAAGAACGAGAAUGAGAUAAUGAAUUCUAAUAGUGAAGUGAACAAAAAAAAUUAUGAUGAUGAUGAUGAUGAUGAUGAUGAUAAUAUGUAUAAAAAAUAACUUGUGUAUUUUAGUAUUUUUUUUUUGUAUGUGUGGUUCAUCGGACAAAAAAAAAUAGCGAAAUUGUGUGUUCAUGUGUUGGUUUACUAAUUAAAAGGUGACUACAGGUGUGUGUUGUGUGUGUGUGUGUGUGUGUGUGUGUGUGUGUGUGUGUGUGUGUGUGUGUGUGUGUGUGUUGUACCUAUCCCUUCUUCCUCCUCCUUAUCUUCCACUCCUGUUUUUUUUCUCUUCUUCUUCUUCUUCUUCUUCUUCGUCUUCUUCUACUUCUUCUUUUUCUUCUUCUUUUUCUUCUUCUUCUUCUUCUUCUUCUUCUUCUUCUUCUUCUUCUUCUUCUUCUUCUUCUUCCUCCUCCUCCUCCUCCUCAUGUCGCCGCAACACUGAUUGAAGAAACACCUCAAGUUGAAAUUACAAAAAUAAGUGUUGGAGAUUUACUUUUAUCCUUAAUUAAGUGUGUAAGUAAGGUGUUGGUGAUGAUGAUGGUGGUGGUGAUGGUGGUGGUGGUGAUGAUGGUGGUGGUGUUGGUGGUGGUGGUGAUGAUGGUGGUGGAUGGGAAACUGGUUCACCCUUUCAUUUUUCAUUUACGCUCCGAAAUAUACAAAUUUUAUCACCCUUUUUUUUGCAGCGUUGCCAGCUAAAAGUCGUCACCCUUUACAGUGUUACCAGCUAAAACUCUCACCCCUUACAGUUUUAACAGACACGUUGCCACACUUUACAGAUUUACCAGAUAUAAAUUCCCAUCCAUUACUGUGUUGCCAUAUUAGUUGCCACCCUAUUGCAGUGUUACCAGCUAAGUGGGGAAGGUUAUGCUGUGGUGUCCCCAGAAAGCACGUCCCCAGAAUGGUCCCUAAGUUUACCUAAUGGGGAGAAUUAAGGGAAGAUUUGAAAGGGGAGCCUAAGGGGGGUGGGGGUGGGGAGUUAAAAGAGGUUUACGACUCGACGUUGGUUCAAUCUCUGUAGUCUUCCAGUGUGUGUGUGUGUGUGUGUGUGUGUGUGUGUGUGUGUGUGUGUGUGUGUGUGUGUGUGUGUGUGUGUGUCGCCUCCCAGUCAAGUCAUUACUACCACCACCGCCACUACCAUCAAUAUCACCACCACCACCACCGCCGCCGCCGCGUCUCGUCACGGGGCUCCGAUAAGAAUCUUCCAGUUAGCUGUAAUCAAUUGUCACCCAAACGAAUGUAUAUAAUGACUAUAAUGUACUAAUAAUGUGUGUGUCCCGCCGCCAUGGUACCCCCCUCGCCCUCACCUCCCCCUGACACACACACACACACACACACACACACACACACACACACACACACACACACACACACGUCGCCCUUCUCCUCCUGGAAAUUGUGACGUAAAUUUCUUACUGUGAAAUGUAUUUAAUUUCCGGCCUAGUGCCCUGUCCCCCCCCUCCCCCCUACACACACACACACACACACACACACACACACACACACACACACACACACACACACACACACA